AUGUCUGACCGUUGCCAACCCUUCUUGCAAUGCAUAAGGAAAUCUACCAUCACUACCUGGGGACCAGAGCAGAAAAACGCAUUGGAAGAACUGAAAACUUAUUUAAGCUCUCCUCCUAUAUUAAGCUCCCCCAUUGCUAAUGAAGAUUUAUUCUUAUAUUUGUCUGUCUCACAAUUCGCUGUAAGCUCUGUCCUCUUCCGAGAAGAAGCCAAUCGUCAAAGGCCGGUGUUCUACUGCAGCAAGAUGCUCUUGGAUGCUGAAACCCGAUACAGUAUGAUGGAAAAGUUGGCACUCGCACUCCUUACGGCAAAGAAGAAGUUACGACAAUAUUUUGAAAGCCACACCAUCGUUGUAUAUAUGGACUAUCCAUUGAAGCAGGUAUUGAGUAAGCCCGACCUCUCUGGAAGGCUAUCUAAAUGGGCCAUUGAGCUAGGGACAUACGAUAUUCAGUAUUUGCCACGAAAAGCUAAAAAAGGACAGGUACUCGCCGACUUCCUGGUUGAAAUUCAGUCGUUCACCCCUGACGCUCUGCCAGAGUUGUUAGAAUCAGAAGAUCAAUGGGUGUGGACGAUGUACACUGACGGAGCAUCCAAUUCCCAGGGGGCUGGUAUUGGCGUCGUAUUAGAAGCUCCUUCGGGCCUCAAAAUCGAAGAAGCCAUUCAUUUAGAGCAAUCCACAACGAAUAAUGAAGCAGAAUAUGAGGCACUAAUCUAUGGUUUGGAACUCGCACGAGAAAUGAGAAUCCAAUGUCUGAACGUCAGAGGCGACUCGCAGCUUAUGAUAGAGCAAGUGGCUAGAAAUUUCGAUACCAAAGCACCUCAUCUGGCUAGCCUUCUGCAGAAGGUAACUGACUUACGAUCGCAUUUUCGUCAGUUCGAACUCAUACAAGUACCCAGGGAGCAAAAUCAGAAGGCCGACGCCCUUGCCAAAUUAGCUUCUGCGGGAGGAUGCACGCGCCAGUCCUCCAUAUCUAGAAGCCGAUCAAGCAAAGACAGGGAAGUCUAUUCAACCUCAUCAGAACCUGAAUGCUGGAUAGAUCCGAUCAUAAAAUACUUGACCACCUCCGAGCUCCCACCUAAUCCGAAAGAUGCAAAGCUUCUGCGCCUUCGGGCACAACGCUAUUCCAUGAUUAAUGGGACGUUGUACCGAAAAUCCUUCAACGGCCCAUACCUACGGUGUUUGCACCCAUCAGAAGCUAAAAAAUUAUUAGAGGAAAGACAUGAGGGGGCAUGUGGAAAUCACAUAGGGGGACGAAGCUUGGCGCACAAGGCACUUACAGCAGGGUAUUACUGGCCAUACAUGAUGACAGAAGCGCGGGAUUAUGCCAAAAAAUGCGACAAAUGCCAACGAUUUGCACCCACCAUCCAUCAACCUGCUCAAACCUUACACUCCAUCGUUGCACCUUGGCCUUUCACAAAAUGGGGUAUGGAUGUAGUGGGUGAACUACCUAAGGCUGUUGGUGGAAGAUGGUAUGCUCUUGUAGCCACUGACUACUUCACAAAAUGGGUUGUGGCAGAGGCAUACGUCACGGUCAGCAAAACAGACACUAUGUCCUUCAUCGGGAAGCAUAUUAUAUGUCAAUUUGGAAUACCCUGGGAGAUAGUCGUGGACAAUGGAACUCCGUUCCAAAAUGCGAAGGUACAAGAGCUAUGCGACACGUACAAGAUCAAGCUAAGCUUUGCCUCUGUCACUUACUCACAGGGAAAUGGUCAAGCAGAGGCUUCCAACAAAGUCAUCUUUGCCAACAUUAAGAAGAAUUUGGAAGACAAAAAAGGAGCGUGGGUAGAAGAAUUGCCGAAAGUAUUAUGGGCUUAUAGGACAACAAAAAGAUCCUCCACGGGGGAAUCUCCCUACGCCAUGGUAUAUGGAACAAAGGUCAUCAUCCCAACAGAAGUCGGUCUACCUACACUUCGGACAGAGAUCGCAUCUGACCCAACAACAAACAACAUUCAAUUGCUGCACAACCUGGACCUUCUGGAAGAAGCACGUACAAUGGCACAAUUACGACUAGAGAAUUAUCAAAAGGUCGCAGAACGCUACUACAACAAAAGGGUCCACUUGCACACAUUUCUAGAAGGUGAUUGGGUUCUGCGUAAGGUCACAGGCAACAAGAAGAAGCUAGAGACUAAUUGGGAAGGGCCUUUCCAAAUCAUUAAAGUACUAGGCAGAGAGUCUUACACUCUAAAAAAUAUGCUAAGCAUGAAAUCAGAAGGCGAUGUAUACUAA